AUGGUAUUUGGAAACUCAAAAUCUCCUCCGCCUUCACAUUCAAAUGUUGAAAUCCCCGAGGCGAAAGCCAAUAUAUUUUCUUUAAUCACUUUUUGGUGGACCAAUAAUAUAAUGAGUUUAGGUUAUAAACGUCCAUUAGAAAAAGAUGAUCUAUAUGUGUUGAAUGAAGAGAGAUCUGCUAAAAUUGUCACUGAUAGCUUUGAAGUCGAAUGGAAGAAAGAACUUCAAAAAAAAAAAGAGCAGGGAAAGAAACCAUCAUUGUUUAAAGCUUUAAACAGGGUUUUGUGGCUAAGGUUUUCCGUGGCAGGGAUUUGUAGAUUUGUUAGUGAUAUGCUACUAGUUACUUCUCCUUUGGUUUUAAAAUUAUUAUUGAAUUUCGUCUCUGAAGCAUAUUAUGGUUUGGAUCCACCUGUACAUAUUGGAUAUGUAUUAGCUGUUGGCAUGUUCUUAAUGCAAAUGGUUGCUACCGUUUUACAAAACUUAUAUUUUUAUUACGCAAUGGAGACUGGUUUUCUCUCUCGUACUAUUCUUAUAACUGCCAUUUAUCGGAAAGCUUUAGUAAUAAGUGGUAAAGCUAGAGGCCUAUUUACUAAUGGCAAAAUCACUAAUCUAAUGUCCACUGAUACUACGCGCAUAGACUUUGUAUGCGGUUAUUUUCAUAUAGUUUGGGCUGCUCCUAUUCAAAUCUGCGUAGCAUUGGGUUUGCUAAUAGUAAAUCUUGGUCCAUCUGCGUUAGCUGGUUUUGCUUUAUUGGUAGUUGUGAGUCCUAUGCAAGGAAAGGUUAUGUCUUUGUUGGCACGUACCAGAGCUAAAGCUGCUGGUGUUACAGACGAACGAGUAAAAUUGACUCAAGAGAUGUUAUUAGGUAUUAGAGUUAUUAAAUAUUACGCUUGGGAAGAAAGUUUUGCCGAUGCUCUUAAUAAAUUAAGAAAUAGAGAAGUUAGUUUGGUUAGGUUUUUGUUAGUUAUUAGAGCUGCUAUUACUGGUGUUUCAUUGGUUGUUCCUGUAUUCGCUAGUAUCUUGGCAUUUAUAACGUUCUCAUUGACAGGAGGCAGUCUUGAACCCGGAAUCAUAUUCUCUUCUUUGGCAUUAUUCAACAUUCUCCGAUUACCUUUAAUGUUCAUACCAAUGGUGAUAGCUUCCAUUACUGACGCUUAUGUAGCAAUUAAUCGUAUAAGUGAAUUUUUGCAGGCUGAUGAAUUAUCAGUUUUACCAGAUAUAGAUCCAAAUGAAAAAAAUGCUAUCAAAGUUACUGAUGGUGAAUUUAUUUGGGAAAGUGCUCCACCUGAAGAAAUUGCUAAUAAAUCAAAAAAAAAGUUGAAAAAAGCAAAAAAAUCAAAAAAACAUAAAAAAGAUAAUAAGAAUGAAAAUAAUAAUUCUUCAAAAGUUGUUGCUAAUGAAAAAUCUCCAGCUCCGAAUGAUGAUUCUUCAGAUACCUCUACAUCUUUGACUCCUGCUGAUUUGGCUGAAAAUCUUGAAAAUUCUCUCCCACUUUCUCCAAAAUCUCAUCUUCGUAAUAUCAAUGUUUCAAUACCUCAUGGAAAGUUGAUUGCUGUUGUUGGUUCCGUAGGAUCCGGUAAAUCUUCUCUAUUAUCUGCUUUGGUGGGUGAAAUGAAAAAAGUUAAAGGUGAUGUCUUAUUUGGUGGAAACGUUGGGUACUGUCCUCAAACUGCGUGGAUUCAAAAUGCUACACUUAGGAACAAUAUUACUUUUGGUUUACCUUUUGAUGAAGAAAAGUAUCAAAAAGUUAUUAAAGAUUGUUGUCUAGAACCAGAUUUAGAAAUGUUACCUGCUGGUGACAUGACAGAAAUUGGAGAGAAAGGAAUUAAUUUAUCUGGAGGACAAAAACAACGUGUUAACAUCGCAAGAGCCGUGUAUUACGAUGCUGAUAUUGUGUUAUUAGAUGAUCCAUUAUCAGCAGUUGAUGCACAUGUUGGAAAAUAUUUAUUCACAAAUUGUAUUCAAGGUGCACUUGCCAAAAAGACGCGUGUCCUUGUCACGCAUCAUUUACAUUAUCUACCACAUGUCGAUUACAUAAUAUGUAUGGAAGAUGGUGAAAUUGCUGAACAGGGAACUUAUGAAGAAUUAAUGAAAGAUGGUAAAGCCUUUGCAAAGUUAAUUGCUGAAUAUGGUGAAGCAGGAAAACAACUAAAAAAAGAUCAAGCUGUUUUAUCUAAAGGGUUAAUGUCAACAGAAGAACAGUACUCAGGUGCAGUGGAUAAUAAGGUGUACUUUGCAUAUAUUAGGAAUGCCGGAGGAUUGUUGUUGAUACCUGUCCUGCUUUUCUUGCUUGUUAUGAUGCAAGGAACAAAUAUUGG